GUGAUGUGCUGGUUUGUAAAUGAUUGGUUUCAUCAGAGCAGACUUUGUCUCUGUUCGGGAAACUGAGCUGACCUUUGAACUUGUGGCUCAUAAUGGCAGAUAAGCAGAAGAAACUGGACUUCUUUGGCAAGAGAUCUUUCUUUGGACGACAUUCACAUCGAAAAACUGCAGAGAGUAAGAGUUAUGUGGAGGGGAAUAUUCAAAACAGUGAGCCUGGCCCUUCCUUGGACACCAGCAUAGGAUAUGGCCGUGGCCCUGUCCCGCACAGUUCUUCCUUGAGUCCUGACCAGUUUGAGGGCUCAGUGUACAGCCACAGCAUCCAGUCGGGCCCACAGCGCCCACAGCGACCCAAACUACAACACUCUCAGUCUAUCUUCCGCAAGCAGGCAGAGGAGGAGGCCAUCAAACGCUCACGCUCCCUCUCUGAAAGCUAUGAGCUCUCCACAGACCUGCAGGACAAGAAGGUGGAAAUGCUUGAGCGGAAAUACGGGGGCCGUUUCAUAACCCGCCAUGCUGCACGCACCAUCCAGACAGCUUUCCGCCGACACCAAAUGAACAAGAACUUUGAACGCCUCCGGAGUUGUAUGUCGGAGAACCGCAUGUCCCGCAGGAUUCUUUUGUCCAACAUGAGGAUGCAGUUUUCCUUUGAAGGAGGAGAGAAAGUCCACGGCUCUGUUUUUGAGGGCAAGCAAAUGUCUCUCCUGGAGGAUACCAGCCAAGUAGGAGCCAUGGCUCAAGCUGGAGAGAUGGUUCCUGUUAUCUUGGAAGCCCCAGAACCUCAAAACGAUUUAACAGAUACAAUCACAGAGCUAGAGGACACUUUCUCAAGGCAAGUAAAGUCACUGGCGGAGUCAAUUGACGAUGCACUGAACUGCCGUAGUCUACGCAAAGAGGAGAUCCAGCCUGAACAAGCAGUUUGUCUGCGCCAGGAAGAUGAGCUCCCUCAGCCUGAUGAGCAGCACAAGCUGGAUGAGAUCUGUGACGUGACACUCUUCAUCGAUGAAGAGGAGCUCUCCCCACCGGUCCAGCCUUCCUGCUGCGCUGACCAGCCCUCCAGCACCCAGGCUGAGCAGUCCGGCGGCUCCUCGCAGGAGUACUGGUCCACGGGGGCCAAGGAGGACAAGGUGGACAGGGACACUAGCUACAGGAGCCCUCCGUCCCUCGAAGGCCAAGGGCCGCAGCUCUGUAUGGACUUACCCCUGUUGACCAUCGAGCCUCCCAGUGACAGCUCAGCAGAUACAAGCCAGGGCUUGGGCCAGCCACAAAAUAACCACGAACGAACCGUAGCAGGACCACAGGCCAGUCCCAAAACCAUCUCACAUGGACUACCUCCCAGAGCUCCCUUGCUUUCUCAAGACGAAGAGCCCCUUAGACACCGGCAGGUGGAGAGCCACCUUCCUACCAACGGCAACCGGCAGAGCAAGACAGAAUCAGACUUUUCAGAUGGAGACAAUGACAGUCUCAACAGCAAUUCAAACUCCAUUGACACAAUAAACUCAGAAUCCUCAUCUCGAGAUAGUCUCAGCAAGCAGACCUACCACAAAGACACUCGCAACAGCUGGGACUCUCCGGCCUUCAGCAGCGAUCUCAUGCGGAAAAGACAAUACCGCAUUGGCCUCAACCUCUUCAAUAAAAAGCCAGAGAAGGGAGUGCAGUACCUGACGGAGAGGGGCUUUAUCCCCGACACUCCCGUGGGAGUCGCACACUUUUUCCUGCAGAGGAAAGGCUUGAGUCGACAGAUGAUCGGGGAGUUCCUGGGGAACCGGCAGAAACAGUUCAAUAGGGAUGUUUUAGACUGUGUGGUGGAUGAGCUGGAUUUCUCAGGGAUGGAGCUGGACGAAGCUUUGAGGAAAUUCCAGGCUCAGAUCCGUGUUCAGGGAGAAGCACAGAAGGUGGAGCGCCUGAUCGAGGCUUACAGCCAGCGCUACUGCAUCUGUAACCCUGAUGUGGUCCGUCAGUUCAGAAACCCUGACACCAUCUUCAUCAUGGCAUUCGCCAUCAUCCUCCUCAACACAGACAUGUACAGCCCCAACGUCAAGCUGGAGCGCAAGAUGAAGCUCGAGGACUUCAUCAAGAAUCUGCGAGGGGUUGAUGAUGGAGAGGACAUCCCUCGGGAGAUGCUGGUUGGGAUUUACGAGCGGAUCCAGAAGAAGGAGCUGAAAACGAAUGAUGACCAUGUGUCUCAGGUGCAGAAGGUGGAGAAACUCAUCGUGGGCAAGAAGCAAAUUGGAUCGCAUCACCAUGGCCUCGGAUGUGUGCUGUCUCAGGCUCACCGCAGGCUCGUGUGCUACUGCAGACUGUUCGAGGUCCCGGAUCCAAACCGACUGCAGAAACUCGGGCAGCAUCAGCGGGAGAUCUUCCUGUUCAAUGACCUGCUGGUGGUUACCAAGAUCUUCCAAAAGAAGAAGAACUCAGUGACAUAUAGUUUCAGGCAAUCUUUCUCUUUGAACGGGAUGCAAGUGAUGCUGUUUGAAAACCAGUUCUAUCCGAAUGGUAUCCGGCUGACUUCAGCCAUUCCAGGUGCGGACUUCAAAGUCCUGAUCAAUUUCAAUGCGCCCAACCCUCAGGACCGCAAGAAGUUCCUCAGCGACCUGCGAGAGUCCAUCGCCGAAGUCCAGGAGAUGGAGAAGUACCGGAUAGAGUCGGAGCUGGAGAAGCAGAAAGGGGUGGUCCGGCCCAGUAUGUCUCAGAGCAUGUCUGGCCUGAAGAAGGAGACGGGGAACGGCAGCAUGGGCCGCACCAGCCUGGACGACUCCUACGCCAUGGGCGAGGGCCUGAAGAGGAGUGCGCUGAGCAGCUCCUUACGGGAUCUCUCUGAAGCGGGACUCCAUCUUUAGCAGUCCUCUGGGCCAGAGAGAAGCUUCCUUCCGGGAUCAUCUGUUUCCUGACAGACUUCCUCCUCCUCCUCCUCGGGUCACUGUCUGGCAGUGC